AUGGUCGAUUCGCCACAGGCACAUUAUCAUGCACUCCAAGAUUUGACGAUGGGUCAUCCGAUGAUGCCGGCUGCUGUUGCACAUCGCAUUUCUUCGACACAUUUUGCCGGCUCGGACAACUACAUUGCACCGCAAAUGACUCAGUCCGCUCAUGAUGGCCGAGCGCAGCGAGCAGCAAAUUCGGACUUGGUCCCGGCUUAUGCUGUUGUACCGUCGAGCAGUGAUGCCUGUAAGUAUAGUGUCCCCCGCUUUCUUGUCUUCCUUUAUUACGAUGUGCAAGCUUCAGGUAAUGGAACUCUGUCUCGCAGUUAUCAUCAGUCAUCAGUUAGCCUUGAAGGGCGGCAAAGGACACCUCAGGUGGUGUACACUACAGCUGGCAGGCAUCAGGCAGCGAAAAUCGAUUUUUCGGACCAUGGUUCAGCGUACAGUUCUUCUCAGGCUCUUCACACACCAACACCUCCACCUCCUCAACUCCCUCAUCAAGGGCCACCAAUUGCCCCACCGCCUCAGCUGCCCAUUAGUGAUGGUUACAGGACUCUUCGUGGUAGCUCGGUCAGCGCAAACCCACUGAAAUCGUUCACACAGCUUGCUGGUGCUCCUCCGCCGCUCACCCCUUCACAAUGUAAGAGUUUCUUAUCGAGGAUAUAG